AAACGGGAAACGCUUACGUAUUUCCGUCAGAGGCGGAAGUGAAGUUCACGUCCAAUAUGUCUGCCGGUGAUAUUCCUCUUUAUACAUAAACAAGACUAGUGGAUGAUGGCAGACGGUGGAGUUGACGAGUUAUCGCAACUUGAAUAUUUGUCUUUGGUGUCCAAGGUUUGCACGGAACUUGACAACCAUCUUGGAAUAAGUGACAAAGAUUUAGCUGAAUUUGUUAUCAGUCUUGCUGAAAAACAACCGACUUUUGAUGGAUUCAGAGCUCUUUUGCUCCAAAAUGGAGCCGAAUUCACUGACUCUCUCAUUAGUAACUUGCUCAGGCUCAUUCAGACUAUGCGACCUCCAUCCAAGACAUCUACAAGUAAAACCUCUGAGACUUUGGUCAAGCCGAAGACAGAAAAGGAGAGGUUGAAGGAGAUGUUUCCUGCACUGUGUAGACCAAAUGAUCCUCCACCAAAGAAGCUACUAGAUGAAGAUGAUGUGAAAGUAGCAGCUGAUGCUAUGAAAGAGUUGGAGAUGUUUAUGCCCAGUGUCAGUGGGACAGACUCCAAAGCCAGCAAGAGCAGGUCAGAAAAGAGCAGGCACCACAGCCGAAGUCGCAGCAGAAGCAGAGAAAGGGACCGACACAGGGACAGAGAUCGAGAGAAGGACAGGAAGAGGCGGCAUCGCUCCCAGUCACGUUCCAGAUCCAGGUCUCGUUCCAGAGACCGGGAUCGUCACAGAGACAGAGAUCGUGGGAAAAGAAGAGACAAAUCUUCCCGCUGGACAGAGCGCUCACCUAGCCCUAGAAAAGAUCAAGACAGAGACUCUGACCGCUGGAAGGAUAAACACGUGGACCGCCCUCCACCAGAGGAGCCUUCUGUUGGCGAUAUCUACAAUGGCAAAAUCACCAGCAUCAUGCAGUUUGGAUGCUUUGUUCAGCUGGAGGGACUGAGGAAGCGGUGGGAGGGUUUGGUCCACAUUUCUGAGCUGCGUCGAGAAGGCCGUGUGGCCAAUGUGGCUGAUGUUGUCAGCAAAGGCCAAAGGGUCAAAGUCAAGGUGCUGUCAUUCACUGGCUCCAAAACCAGCCUCAGUAUGAAGGAUGUGGACCAGGAUACAGGUGAAGACUUGAACCCCAACAGGAGGAGGAACGUAGGCCCAGAUGGAGGUGAGGAGGUCUCCAUGAGGAACCCCGACCGGCCAAGUAACCUGAACCUGGGCCAUGCCCCUGAGCUGGAGCAGGAUGACACGCUGGAGCGCAAGCGGCUCACUAAGAUUUCUGACCCAGAAAAAUGGGAGAUCAAGCAGAUGAUCGCUGCCAACGUCUUGUCAAAAGAAGAGUUCCCUGACUUUGAUGAUGAGACAGGCAUCCUUCCUAAAGUUGAUGAUGAAGAGGAUGAAGACCUGGAAAUUGAGCUGGUAGAAGAGGAACCCCCGUUCCUGAGGGGACACACCAAACAGAGCAUGGACAUGAGCCCUGUAAAGAUUGUCAAGAAUCCAGACGGCUCGCUGUCUCAGGCAGCCAUGAUGCAGAGCGCUUUGGCUAAGGAACGACGAGAGCUGAAGCAGGCAGCACGAGAGGCAGAGAUGGACUCCAUCCCCAUGGGGUUGAAUAAACACUGGGUGGACCCGCUGCCAGAUGCUGACGGCAGGCAGAUUGCAGCCAACAUGAGAGGCAUUGGCAUGAUGCCCAAUGACAUCCCAGAGUGGAAGAAGCACGCGUUUGGGGGUAACAAAGUAUCUUAUGGAAAGAAGACCCAGCUCUCCAUUCUUGAGCAGAGGGAGAGCCUGCCCAUCUACAGGCUGAAGGAGCAGCUCGUUCAGGCUGUUCAUGACAACCAGAUUUUGAUUGUGAUUGGAGAGACGGGGUCUGGUAAGACCACGCAGAUCACUCAGUACCUGGCAGAGGCAGGUUACACCACCAGGGGGAAGAUUGGCUGCACGCAGCCCCGUCCUGAGGAGUACGGCUGCUGUCUAGGACAAGAGGUGGGUUACACCAUCCGUUUUGAGGACUGCACCAGCCCUGACACAGUCAUUAAGUACAUGACAGACGGUAUGCUGCUGAGGGAGUGUUUGAUUGACUCUGAGCUGGGCCAGUAUGCCAUUAUCAUGUUGGAUGAAGCGCAUGAGAGGACGAUCCACACUGAUGUCCUCUUUGGUCUGCUCAAGAAGACUGUACAGAAGCGCACUGACAUGAAGCUGAUCGUAACCUCAGCCACUCUGGAUGCUGUGAAGUUUUCUCAGUAUUUCUAUGAAGCGCCCAUCUUCACUAUCCCUGGGAGAACGUAUCCAGUGGAGGUUCUUUACACCAAGGAGCCGGAGACGGACUACCUUGAUGCCAGUCUCAUCACUGUCAUGCAGAUCCACCUGACUGAACCUCCAGGUGACAUCCUGGUGUUUCUGACUGGACAGGAAGAGAUCGACACCGCCUGUGAGAUCCUCUACGAGAGAAUGAAGUCACUGGGGCCCGAUGUUCCUGAACUAAUUAUUCUGCCUGUUUACUCUGCCCUACCCAGUGAGAUGCAGACUAGGAUCUUUGACCCUGCACCUCCAGGCAGCAGAAAGGUGGUCAUUGCUACCAACAUUGCAGAAACAUCUCUGACCAUUGAUGGAAUCUACUAUGUAGUAGACCCUGGCUUUGUCAAGCAGAAAGUCUACAACUCUAAGACUGGUAUUGACCAGCUGGUGGUGACUCCCAUCUCACAGGCUCAGGCCAAGCAGAGGGCGGGUCGAGCUGGAAGAACAGGGCCAGGGAAGUGUUACAGGCUCUACACUGAGAGGGCCUACAGAGAUGAGAUGCUGACGACCAACGUGCCCGAGAUCCAGAGAACUAACCUGGCCAGCACUGUGCUGUCUCUGAAGGCAAUGGGCAUCAAUGACCUCCUGUCUUUUGACUUCAUGGAUGCUCCUCCGAUGGAGACUCUGAUCACAGCCAUGGAGCAGCUCUACACUCUGGGAGCUCUGGACGAUGAAGGCUUACUCACACGGCUCGGUAGAAGGAUGGCUGAGUUUCCUCUGGAGCCGAUGCUGUGUAAGAUGUUGAUCAUGUCCGUGCAUCUGGGCUGCAGUGAGGAGAUGCUCACCAUCGUGUCGAUGCUGUCUGUGCAGAAUGUCUUCUAUAGGCCUAAGGACAAGCAGGCUCUGGCUGACCAGAAGAAGGCCAAGUUCCACCAGCCCGAGGGUGAUCACUUGACCCUGCUGGCUGUCUACAACUCUUGGAAGAACAACAAGUUUUCCAACCCCUGGUGUUAUGAGAACUUCAUUCAGGCUCGCUCCCUGCGCAGAGCCCAGGACAUCCGCAAACAGAUGCUGGGUAUCAUGGACAGACGUAAACUGGACGUGGUAUCUUGCGGCAAAGCCACGGUGCGAGUCCAGAAGGCCAUCUGCAGCGGCUUCUUCAGGAAUGCAGCCAAAAAGGAUCCUCAGGAGGGCUACAGAACUCUCAUAGAUCAGCAGGUCGUGUACAUUCACCCCUCCAGUGCUCUGUUCAAUCGCCAGCCUGAAUGGGUUGUGUAUCAUGAGCUGGUACUGACCACUAAGGAGUACAUGCGAGAGGUGACCACCAUCGACCCCCGUUGGCUGGUGGAGUUUGCUCCAGCUUUCUUCAAAGUGUCCGACCCCACACGCCUCAGCAAGCAGAAGAAACAGCAGCGCCUCGAGCCUCUGUACAACCGUUAUGAGGAACCCAACGCCUGGAGAAUCUCUCGUGCCUUCAGACGCCGCUGAUGAUUGUGAUGUAACAAAUCUAAAGCAAAAUGUUUUGACAGUGGUGAUAAAGUCAGAUGCAUCAUCUUGUGUGGUCAGACCCUAUCAUCAUUACACAAAUUCAUUCCUUCUUUUAAAACUGUACACAUUGUACAGUUCCUGAAUCACCCUGUCUGCUUUUGGGUACAAAUUUAAAAAAUUUUUUUUUAGGAAAGUCCAAACCAUCUCCUUUUUAUAGCACUAAACCAGGAACACAUCUUUUGACACAGCAGCUCAUCUUCUGUGAGGAGAUACUGCACAAUGGUGGACUAUUUAUGUUGACUGUAAGUUAUCAUAGCAUAAUAUUAUGCUUAUAUAAGGACCUGAAUGAAUCUUAAAAGGGACUUUAGUUAACACUUUGGUGUCGAAGCGCAAGGAUGGAACAGUAUAUAUGUUUGGUAGAUGGCCUGGGGCAGCUUUCACUCGUAAACCAUUUAUUGCUAGACUGUUUCUUUGCUGUAACUCGUCAGUGGGAUUGUGACAGUGUCCUCAUUAAAUGCUACAUUUUCUAAA